AUGAAGUUAGAGCUGAUUGUGAUAUGCGGCCUGAGUCUGCUAGUGAUAGUGAAUAGUAUGGCAAUUAAGUGUUCCAAGUGUCAAAAAAAUGAGUGCGAAUGUGUACAACAUAUUUUGAAAGCAGCAACUAUUCCUCCGUUUCCGUUUUGCAAGCUGCAAACGUGCGAAGAAUCGCAUCCGCUAGAAUUUCACCCUAUCCGGGAUGUUUGUUCGAGUCUGGAUUUGGCUACUGUUCGGCCUAACCGAGCACCAAGAGACGAAGUACCCAAAUUCGCUAACGCAAACUCGUGCGAGUGUGGUUACAAGGACAGUCCGCAGCUUCCAAAGAAAUAUUUUGCAGAUCCCGUCAGCCAGCAUCUGGCUGCUGUAGCCGCUAGGAAGAAAGCCGUCUCCAUCUCGGAAGCGGACUUGCAUUUUCUAGGAAACGCUAUCAAAAUAUCUCCGGAGGCGAAACCAUCAUCCCGUAUAAUGGAAGAACGGUUGCAUAAAUACAAUCGCCACGUGAUUGAGCUGAAGCCUGCCAGAAAAAAUCGCAUCCAUUACCCGGUUUCGUCCGAGGAAGAAGAAAUACCAUGUACGCCGGAGCAGCAGUCCUAUUCAGACAUCUGCUUCGACAAAGUCAACGAUCCUAAUCCGUUAUUCGAACAGAUCAAGCCGUACGAUGCUCCGUGUGAGAUAUGUCAGGAGCGUUAUAGUCACGACGAGCUUUACGGAACGCAUGAACACGAUACUGAAGAAGAUGGCGAUGAGGAUGACUACGAUGAGGAUAACUACGAAGACGAAGAAGACGAGGAACCAAUUAGUGGAACGGUGACCCCUGAAACAACAACACAGAAAUCAGGAAAUCCAAUCAAUAAACGAUCAAUCAAUAACAGCUGGCUUAACCGGAUGGAAAGCUAAAUUGAAAAAGCAACUAUCAAUCAAUAAGUAACUGAAAGACUGCAUGUUGUGGUGAACUGAUAAGAAACAACUUCUAU